AUGCCUCCCUCAAUGCCUGCCCCGUCCAUUCGCAUACCGAUAGAGCUGCUCACUCCUACAGCCUUUGCGCAGUUUGGUACUGUCAUCGAGAAUCCGUCAACAUCGCCGUCAGCAAAGCUACCCAUUUCAAACCGCGUACAGGCGCCCGAAGCAGUGUCCGCCAAUCAGGGCUCUGCGACAAAGUACCUCGAUGUCACCCACAUGUCAAAUCUGUAUACCCUUGCGCCCAGCAAAAAGCCGGCUCGAGCCGUCAUGAACAUGUUUGUUUGCUCACCGCGCAACUUGCGCCCGCACGAGCCGAGCAUGAGCAUGCCGAGCUCCUGGGGCGACUUGGACCUGGAUGAGGACGAGGACGGAAAUGACGACUGCCUCAAACAGCUGUUGGAUGUCUCUAUCCUCGAGCGCCACCCUUUUACCACACAAACGUUUAUACCCAUGGGUUUGGCGCAACACGACAAGCACACACAGUACCUUGUCAUAGUUGCACCAACCCUCCCUGCGAGCGCGUCCAAGUAUCGGACAGACAGGGCCCCGCCAUAUCCUGCGCCAGUUAUGAAGGGAAAUGGGAGUGUGUUCGACAUAUUCGGGCGAGGAAAACCAAGUCCCUCGGACGAGGGGACGUCCGCGCAAAGCCACUUUUCGCAUCUGCAUCCGUCUGCGCGACCCAAGGGACCCGGCCUCCCAGAUCUCAAGAAUGUCCGCGCCUUUGUUGCGACUGGAGCUCAAGCUGUGACUUAUGGCGCCGGGACAUGGCAUGCACCUAUGGUAGUCAUUGGAGACCGGCCAAUCGACUUUGUAGUUGUACAGUUCGCGAACGAUGUAGGUAACGAAGACUGCCAAGAGAUAUUACUGAAGCCAGAUGAGACCGCUACAGAAGGCGUUGUGGUCACUGUCGACACCAAUGCAGCAGGCACCGUACAAGUCCAGGCUGGCGUUGGCUCUGUAAAAGCAAAGUUGUGA